AUGGCGAGUUUUUUAAAAAGCGUUUACAAAUAUGUAUAUCCCGACACAAAAGAUGAAAACAGUGAUCCAUCAUCGGUUGCAUCAGCAGAGUCAACAACUGUACCUUGUCCACCGGAAACACCAGAACCAAUUGUAUAUACUUCACUUUCACCUAUAGUACCUAGAGAGGAUUUCUUCACAACACCUGCAAAUGAAGAGAAAGCGAAAGAAAUAGAUAAAGAUAUAGAGAGAGACGAAGUGAAUGAUGAUACUUUAGAGAAAGUUAAAGAGAUAGAGAAGGAGAGUGUAAAAGAUACUUUGGUCAAGUCAAAUUCAAGUACUCCUAUCAGAAUAUCAAAGAAUGAAACCGAUCUUAUUAUGGUUCACACGAAAACCAAAGAUUUUAUGUAUAUUGGCGAAUCGUAUGCUGUUGUCUCAAAGUACGUUGGAGAGUUGUUAUUUCAUGACAUCAGAGGCGAGAUCGAAGGUUGUAUUAGUAUUUUCAAUAGUAAAUCAAAGAUUUAUCUACCAGAGGCAGUAGCAAAGACAGUAGCAAAUAGAGAUUAUAUAGAAAAGUCUGCCACAACUGUUGGUAGAAUAUUUAUAAAGUAUUUAAAUAAUGAUAAUGAAAAUGUAUGGUAUACAGGAUCGGGUUUCAGAGUGAGUGAAACGCAUAUCAUGACAUCUGGACAGUUGGUCAAGCAGAAAAAGAAAUUGAAAUUGGACAAGAUAUUCAUUUGUUUCGAGAACGAUACGACUGUUGGCGAGGAAAUCGAUUUCAGUGAAAUAGAAACAUCGGAGUAUGUGUUUGAAUUGACAUCGAUUUUGGAUGACACAGACCAACCCGAUCGCAAAGACAAGCUUGGUGUUGAGAUUCUAAAGUUUGUCAACCGCGCACCAAGCAAAACUAACUAUGUAUUGCCUGUGAUGCCAGACCCCAAAACUUUGAAUUACUUUGUCAUUGCGUAUCCGGGCUAUGUCGAUUUCGACGAGUUUCGACAGCGCUACAAAGAUGAUAGCGAUACCAAAGAGAGAAGCACACACAAGUGUCCGUCGUUGGCCGGAUUCACCGGUGGAUUGUUAGGGUCAGUCCGCAAAGGUCAUCAAUUCGUUGGUAUUCACAUGGGUGGAGACAAAUAUACCAACGAAAACAUCGCGCUCUCUGUCACCCACCGCAAUUUUUUCGACCUCUAUAGAAAAUACAUUUUGAGUAUCGAAGGAUUUCAAGAUAUUCAUAGCGAUACACUUCAGCCUUACAUUAAAUAUUGGUCGGAAAUAAUUAAAAAAGAAAACGACAUGAUUGCACGGAAUGAAGAGCGUGAAGCACAAGAAUCACCAAGAUAUCAUUAUAAAAAUUAA